AUGAACGGCAUGUGGUGCUCGAAGUCCAUGUACACGGAGUGGUCAGUGCUGCGUGUGGUGGACAUGUGCGAGACAUCCAGGGUAUCGGUGGUCCACAAAAUGCCACAAAUCAAUGGCACUCUUCUGGUGAACUCAUGCGUCAAACCAUUGGCGCAGAUGUUGAACAACGCGUCGGUGGCCAACACCGGGCCGCAAGACAACGACUUCCUCCAGAACGACAGGGAUGUGCUGUGGAUAAUGGAAGUGCUGUGUUAUGGGCUGUCUUUGCCGCUGUCAUCGGGCGAACAGCACGACUGCGUCAGGGAUUGCGUCCAUAUAUACUGCGAAUGGUUUUGUGCGUUGAGUCCACAGAUGGCUAAAUCCAAAGCCAUUCCGUUCCCCAUCAGAGACGACCCGAACCUCUAUUGCCGUAAAAUCUUAGAACAUAUUUACAACAUAUUCAUCGCCCGACCCAUCGCUGGCACCGACACCAACGUCUUGGAUGUGGUCUCACGUCAGGCGGUCUUAUGUCACCGACUGUUGCGAACCAUUGAGACCAUCGCACACGACGAGCACAACCUAAUGGACAGACAGACGUGGGAUACUCUCCUCAUAUUCUUGUUGGCCAUCAACGACACACUGCUGUCACCACCGGUCGAGGCCACUGACAUCGGAACUCAACUCUGCGAACGGAUAGUUAGCGUGUUAUUUGAGAUUUGGUUAAUCGCUUGCGUCCGGUGUUUCCCUUCGCCUUCAUUUUGGAAGACAUUCCAACACUUGAGUACCGGAUGGAGACACAGACCGCCGCUCAUCGACAACUGGAACCGAAUUAACUAUUCAUUGACUCUGCGUUUAGUCAAACAAAUCUCUCCAAACAGUUAUGACAUAAACGCCAAUUCGCCGACUCUUCAGAAGAACUUCUUGAACACAAUCUUGGAUGAGAUGAACGACGAGACACUCAAACAGUGUUGGUAUCGAUUCCUUCACACAAUCGGAAAUCCAGUCGAGUUGUGUUCGCCAGAGAUAAUCAGUAAAACAGAUCGGUUUUAUCACAGCGCCUGUGCCUCAGAGAAUGUGGUCGACCCCCGACAACACCCGUGUCUUAACAAUUUGCCGCAUAUUUUCUAUAAAGCCAUGAAAGGACUGUCCAUUCUUGUGGACACGUUCUUAGGAAUACCAGUGGCUGUGGAGGAGAUUGAUGCGGACAUCUAUAAGUCGACGACAUCCCUGGCCCUGUCAUCUGCCAGUUCUAUCCAACCUCCAGCCACUCCUCCAGAAAGACGCCACAAUAAGACUGCCUUUCCUUUGACUAUAAAUAAAGCGCCGAACAAAGCGUUGGGAACGACGAAGAAUGUGAUCAUCAAUAAAGCGGAGCCAACCGUCAAUCCGUUGCCAACCAUAACAUACCCGUCGGCUCCGGAGUAUAUUCUUUCGCCGACGCGUCCGAAGUCGACCUCAAUUCUGGACGUAUUGGGCGAUUGGCUCUUCCAGUCGGCGCUGUUCGGCGCGGAUCUGAAAGAACCGAAUGAAGCGAUGAUUCGCUCGAAUAGUAUUCAAUCAUUCAAUGAAUUACAGCGCAAACCGUCGGCAGCUUCUGAUCGUUUGCUUAUCGAAACGCUACCACUUCUGAGCCCCGAUAGCUUCGAGGCCGGACAGGCCGAGGCUUUUGGGGCACUCUGUCGGCUCUUCUGCUUCAAGAAAGCUGACGAAGAGAUCUCAACAAUGCUUAGUAGACAACCACAUCCACCAUCCGUUCAGAAGGUCAAGAAUUAUUUAACGCGUUUUCAUUUAGCCCUUCAAUUCGGACUAACGCUCAAAGAACCAUUUCGUCGACAAAUUAUUGCGAGUAUUCUUAUAAACUCGACCAAAAUCUUUGAAGUAGACCUCCCGGGCGGCAGUCUUUUGAUUCCCCAUUACUUGAAAGCGUUGGAGAUUUAUUUGAUUCCAAAAGAAAAGCAAAAUACGAAACCAGAUGUGGAGAUCCGUCGCUCAUGUAUUAAACUCUUGUUAUCUCUGUUUUCAUAUCCCCUACACUUCAACGAACUCGCGAUUAAAGAAAACUUAAGUGAAACUCCUUCGACAACAUUCCAGUCCCUGCGCCCGCGUCUCAUAAACCUUCAAAUCCAAGCCCUUUGCGGUGAAACAGACUCCACGAACGUUCAAAUGAUUUUAGGCGGUUUCCUACUCAUGGUUUCCGACGCCUCAGUCCACGACUCUUUCACUCAAAUCGAUUCCAUUGACAACAGCAUUGAGACGAUGCGAUCAAAUUCAUUGAAUGGACUUCAAUUCGGACAACACUUGCCUUUCGGUCACCAAACAAGUUGUGACUCCAGUUUGGUCUCAAAUGAUAUUCCAUUUUCAGAUGACGGGAAAGGCAUUCCUGAUACAGCUAAAGGACUGUUCGGUCGUACGCUCUCACACGUGGGACAAGUGCUGAUCAGAUGUCGUGAUAAAAACCAAUACGAUUCACACGUUUCAUUGGCAGCUCUGGAAGUGUUGUCAUCGAUCGGAAGAAUCCAUUUGUCGAACGGCUCGAAGGGUUCUCUACAUACGAAUUGUUUGCUCGAAUGCAAAGACACAGUGAAACAGAUAUUCUCGUUCAUCGAGAGCCAGUGUGAAAAGCCGGCCCCAUUCCACUCCAAAGACCUACAUUCCACUAUUGUUGCCGCCUAUCAAUGUCUGGCCGUCUGGUUCCACGAGCACGAGCACCUCCUCAAGGAAAAGGACUGCAUUUCAAUGCUCUUAGAGGUCAUCGAAUUAGGCAUUUCCGGCUCAAAGUCCAAGAAGAAUGGAUUUGUGUUCAAAGCCGAUAAGCAGCUAAAACCUGCCUCAAUGAGGGUCAGGGAGGCCGCGGAAUCCUUGUUAACCCUUUUGAUGAAUCAUUUCAAUAAUUGCCCUCAAAGUCCGUGUCCACCGGAAUCCAUAAUCGGGUCCAGCCUUAUAGAUGAAUCAAAUCUAUUGAAGUAUUUGUCAAUUGGCAACAACUGGACGCCUGAGUCCUCUUGCGAUCGAUUCAAAUACUUUGUGAGCGAUAACCUCAUAAUGUUAGCCAUUUUGGAUCAGUUGGAACCCAACGACAAGGAGACCGUCUGUAUAAUACGUUCCCCUUUUGGCAAAUAUUGCUGGUCUUUCACAUUCAGACAACUGCCCCGAAAGCACAACAUGAGGACACCUGGCGAACAGGUGUCGCGACCAUUGCCUAAACCCGAGAGCACACCGACGCCAACUACUCAUCCAAUCCGUCACUUUCCAGAAUCAAUGGACAAAAUCAAGUCAACCAAAUUCGACUGCAUUGUUCCCAACCUCACGAAAAUGAUCGCUGAAUCACCCGAAUUCAGAUCAGAUCAAGAGAUUAUGUUAAGCCUUAUUGAAAGAGUGGAGAGUCAUAUGAAGUAUGAGAAACAACGACUUCAUAAGACUCCGACACUUAAUAGAAGUACGGAUUGUAAGGAACCAAUGAUAUCGACUGAGUUGGAAGCGGCCAGACUAGUGCUCUCGCACUUCAGUUUCCUGACAUUCGAGACUUUGCAGGACGCCCCAAUGGGACAAAUGAUUCCAUCGCUCAUCGCUCUCAACAAUAAGAGUCCAGAGUUUGUGUCGAAUCUGAAGAUUUUGGACUCGAUAUCGAACCGAACGAGUGAUUCGGUGUUUGUUUAUUAUGUGAGACAAGGGGUGAAGAGCGCCGACGAAAUACUUGCAGAUAAUAAACAGCAGAUUGUCUCAAACACUCACUUUCGAGAAUUUGUGCUCUCGUUGGGCACUAUUAUCGAUGUGAGGACUCAUUCCGGAUGGACAGGACAUGUGGCGACCGCUUGGAGGGUUGUCACCGACAAUACCAGUGCUAAAGAACACGACAAGAAUUAUACGUUUGACGGCAAACGACACGCUCUCUAUUGGGCUGACGUGAGCCACGAAUUAGUUUUCUUACUUCCAUCCACUUUCAGCCCAAUGUCUGACGACUCGAUCGAUAAUUCAUCGCUUGAUGGCGACUAUAAGCAGAGGGCUGUCAGUGAUCUGCACGCAGACGCCCGGUCUGUGUCCAGUCUUAGUGACGACGGAAGCAAUCCAUCGAAGGCUAUAUCGGAGAACGAAUCGACGAGAAGUAGUCUAAGACGCAAAUUCCGGAACCAAUUACUUCAUAACAUUGGAUGUGAUGUCAAAGUACUUAUAUUUUGGAUGGAAAGCACUGACGAUCACUACGACCUACCAAUCAAUAAUCUGCUCCUCACGACAGGCACUGGAGUUGAAUCCAAUUUAAGCCUUUGGAAGGACUUUGUGCUCAUUCUUAUUCAUCCCCUAAAGAAUGGUCUCUUCAGGAUCAUAGUGCAGGGCUCAGGAGGACGAACUCCAAUCACUUUACCACUUAUCGAUGGAAUGGUCGUCAGUAAACAUAUUUUGGGUACUUUUGUCCGAUUGGCAGCUCUUAACAUAUGCCGGCGCCGACGUCUCGAUACUGAAAGCUUCCAACCGCCUCACGUCAAGCGACGACUCAAAAUCCAAGAGAUUGUCAACAAAUACCGUCUUUUGUUACCUGAAUCUGAAUUUUACAAUUCGUUAUUCACUUCCAAAUAGUUUAUCAAUUGUUAGACAAUUAAAUGGAG